AUGACAGUUCUGUCAGUUGUAUGAUGGCGGUUUUUUGUUUGUUUAUUUUCAAAACAAUUUAUUUGUUUAUUCUGGUUCAAAUGCAACAAAAAUUUAAUUUUAAAUUUAUUUAAAUGAUUUAAUCAUGAAUGUUGAUGCAAGUAACACCGAAAAACCAAAAGAAAAAGGCUUAUUUUGGAUUCCAAAUAGUUUAAGAUUCGUUUGUGAAGCCGUAGAAAAAGGAUGUUCAGCUUCUGGACCAUAUUCAGUAAAUUCUGAACUCUUACUUCUAAUGAAAACAUUAAGCUAUAUAGAACGGUCAUGCAUUGCUAAUUAUUUCUGUAAAUUACCAUGGAACUUGGGCAGUGUAAAAGUUCUUGGAAUCCUUAAUCAAUUGCGUAUACUAACUGCUGCUGAAUAUAUACUAAGCCAAACUGACGAUGAACAUGUUCAACUUGUUUUAAACGAUCUCCUAGAAACUGAAUUUGAUCUUAUGGCUAAUUUAGUUAUUACCGGACACUAUGAUCUCAUGGUUGGUUCAAAGAUAAGUGAAUACGUCGCCGAAAGUAUUCGUCGUUUACUAGACGACCUAGUUAACGACCCUAAGUUGAAUAAUUUUGAUUACAUGCAUGCACUGAACCAUAGUGUUCCCAAAGAAAUAUAUUACAAAUUUUUAACCAGCCAUUUGAAGAUCAUUGUUUCAAUGAACAAAAGAUCUACAAAAGUUGCAUUUGCAAGUUUUAGCGAUUGGAUGAAACAUAAUUUUGAUGAUUAUGUUCUAGUUAGCAAUUUUUAUCAAAAAGCUGUUGCUGGAAAUGAUUUAGAAGUUCUUAAAACUCUUCUCAUCAUAUCAACUGGAGAAAAUUUCGUAGGUUGGAAAAACUACUUGAUUCUUUUAGGAUUGAUAGCAAAACACUCUUCAACGGAGUGUUUUUCCUAUAUUAAAAAAUUCAUAAAAGAUCGCUUAAAACUUGUUGCUGAAACUGGAUCUAAAGAAAUCAUGGCUCAUUUGCUUCUUUCGAUUCGUACAGUACUUAUGUUCCAUGAUGAUAAAACAGAAACUUAUGAUAAAUGGUAUAAGCUUCAUAUUGGUGAUAUGAAAUUUGUUUUCAAUGCAACAGAGUUUAAGGCUGUAAUUUCUGUUUUGACUGAUUUGGUGCCCUAUGAAGUUGAUGAGGAGUAUUUGGAGGUUCAUGUUAAGACAUCAAUAUCUCCACCAGUUAUGUGCAGUCAACUCUGUCGAGACUAUAAACUUUUGUGUCGAACAAGAAUAUCGGAUGCUGCUGAUUGUUCGAUACUGUUGGACAAUGAUGAUGAUUUGUUUACUGAAGCUUUCGCUGAAAUUUCAUGGGAAAAAUCAAAGGCAAAUUAA